AACACCACCUUCUCCAAGGUACCAGAUCCCCGGGUCCAACAAACACUUUCCAAGGUCCUUUCCCAGGUCCUUCUCCUUCAUAUUCGUGCCGCCACACGGCCUCGGCGAGCUCGAGGCCGUCCGACACUAAGUGCAGCCAUGGACAACGCCCACUCCAUCGUCGAAUUCCCACGCGGACAGCGAGUCCAAUUCCUCUGCGCCACCACCAGACGGGUCACUUCUUCUUCUGUUUGGGGACAGUGACCUUUGCUGGUUGCCGCAAGAGUUUAACCAUCUACCGCCUUUCGACUUGGAUAAUACUACUGGAUUGAAUACUACUACUACGAAUACUACCAGCACUACUACUACUGCUGGAACGAGAGUUGAGAAUUCCUCGGAUCCGUUUACAGCGUUUGCGAACUUCCAAACCGACGAUGAGAUCUUGCAGGUGUUGAACGAUAUGGUCUCCUCCACACAACAGCAGCAGCAAGUUUAUCACCACCUCGGUUCUGCGGGGUUGCAGAACGACUGUUUUUCUUGGAAUCAUGGGUUACAGCAUGCUCUCGACCCGUCGAUGCACUCCGCCUUGGAAAGCGUCGACCCUCUAAGCCGAACCCAGCACUCCACAACCCUCCCCUCGCCCACCCUCUCCCAGCACGACCACUUUUUGCUCUCCCUCCCCACUCAACAAUCCUCUUCGUCCUCCACUCGACCGACUACCACGCCGAGUUCGACUUCUGAGGGUCGGAUGAAGCGGAGUUCACCGUCUUCAGAGGGGGAAUGUGAUGGUGAACCGACGAAGGUGCAGAAGCGACAGAAGAAUACGGAGGCGGCGAGGAGGUAUCGGCAGAGGAAAGUGGAUCGCGUGACGGAGUUGGAGGAGGCGCUGAAGGUGGUUAGUGAGGAGAGGGAUGAGUUGAAAUUGAGGUUGGCGAGGGCGGAGGCUAUGAGUGAUGUGCUGAAGGGGAUGGUUGGGAAGAGUGGGUGAUGAUGAUGAUAUUUUUUGUAGCGCUUGAAUGAGAAAUCUUCAGUGCUGAUAAG